AAUGCCGACCUCCUGCAGCACAGACGUUGUCGUCGCGCAGGGAUCGUGCCUGCCAAACUCAACAUGACACCCCACACCCCGCGCCGAACUUCGGCCCCUUCGUCUUCCACGCGACUCUCUCUAGAAACAUCAACCGCCAUACCUCCAAAAAUGGCUGACGAUCGACCAGCAUCGCCAACGCCUGAAGAGCGAAAGAAGCUUGACGAGGAAGCCAAAAAGCGUGAAAAUGAAGAACAAAGCAAACUUCCGUACAAAUGGACACAAACAAUCGCCGACGUCGAUCUGGUCUCGCCAGUGCCAGGCAACCUGAAAGGCAAGGACUUUGAUGUGAAGAUCACCAAGACCACUCUCAAAGCCGGCAUAAAAGGACAAGAGCCAAUAAUCGAUGGCACUCUCCCACACCCCAUCGACCUCGACGAAUCCGCCUGGACGCUCGAGACCUCCCCGUCUGGCAAAGAGCUCAACAUCCACCUCCAAAAGGUCAACACCAUGGAAUGGUGGCCGCACGUCAUCACCUCUGCGCCCAAAAUCGACACGUCGAAAAUCCAGCCUGAGAAUUCAAAACUGAGCGAUUUGGAGGGCGAGACGCGCACGAUGGUCGAGAAGAUGAUGUAUGAUCAGCAGCAGAAGGAGAUGGGAAAACCUACCAGUGAUGAACAGAAGAAGAUGGAUAUGUUGAAAAAGUUUCAGGAACAGCAUCCGGAGAUGGACUUUUCGAAUGCGAAGAUCUCGUGA